GUUGAUAUCACCCGAGCCGCAGGGCAAGCUGGGAAAGGUAGCUCGGCCCAGUCCGGCUGCUGGACUACAAAUCCCAGCAUACUCCUGGAGGAGCGGGCGAGGCGGCAGCCGUGGCCUCCACGGCCUCGAAGGAGAUUUGUGGGGUGGCGCGUAUGUGGGGACUCGGCAAUUUAAACACAUCCCGUGAAGAAACUGCCAACGACUAAGUUCCCCCCCUGCUGUAUGUUCCACCCUUCUGGAGCCAUCUUAUUUGCGGCCUGGCCUCCUGGCACAAGGGAUUCUGGAGGUUGUGGUUUCCGAACGGAUCGAGACUGACACCUGGAGGACGCGGCUUAACCGCUUAGCCCCUAGCGGGUCCUGUGGGUUUCCCGACGUCUCCUGGGCUGAAAUGGAAGCGAGAAGUGAUCGGGAACAUUGUGCUGGCAGUUGGAUCCGGCUGCACCGAGCUCCAGCCUUAAAAUAAGUAAAACCGAUGCCCUUCCGCCCCUAACCUCAAAAGCUGCUUUUGCGUCUAGAUGUUAUUGAGAGCCGGCUCUGCGGUCAGCUCUGAGCUAGGCGCUGUGAGAACGCUCAGUAAGACAGUGUCUCGUCUGGAAAUGUACAGGCGAGAUUCAAACCGAGAAACUGCCAAAGGUUGUGUGCAGGGCAGAUCCUAGGAUACCGGAGACCCAGCCCGUUGGCUUGACCUCAAAACUCGGGGGCUUUUCGGCCCAUGCUGUCCCUUAAUUCCUCCUCCUUUGCUGACGCUGUGGGUGCGCAUCAAAGCCUAAACUUCACUAGCUCCCUUGCACACAAGAACACUAACCCUAACCUGACCAGUUAUUUAUUUUUCACUUCAAGAUUCUUCCACUGAUACUUAUGUUUCCCUGAUACCGUCCAAGUGCUGAGGGCGGGGAUGGACUGUGUGAUUUGCAUCUACCAAAUGCAGAAAAUUUGGAAGUUCACAGCCUCUUAGUUGGAUGCCCCUGUGUCACAGAACACAUUUUGGCUAUGGGGUGUGAUCUGUGUCUGAGGAACAACAAGAAGCUACACGUCAUCCACACAGGAGCCAAAUCUGGAACUCUGGUCUCAGUUCUUCAGGACUAUUUGAGCGAAUAAUCACUCAACACUGGAGUAAAGGAUGUCCUGCUAGAAGUCUUAUUCUGACUCCUAAAACCACGCUACCGAAAGUGCUGAUCCACAAACCAGUGCCAGUGCUUGAACUUUGUUACUGGUCCACAGUUAGGACACACCCAGAUCCCUUUAUUCCAGAACACAUAACUUAAAGUCACACUUUCCUGAGAUCAGAGCAGAGGAUGGCAGAGAACCAAAGUCACGAGUGUGUGAAACAACGGAGAGGAGCGGCACUGUGCGGCCUGGAGCUCAAGACACUUGCAUGAGCGGUGACGGCUGUCAGUUCUUUUGGGAGAGGAGCCCAGUCUUCAUACCUCAGUGACUAACUUAAAAGACACUUGAUGUUUAUUAAGUGAUGUCAGAGACCAACUAAUCCAGUUCCUCUAAGUAGAUGAAACUGAGGCCCAAAGGAUUUCCAUAAAUUCAGUAAUUCCACAAGUAUAUACUGAGUAUUUACAAUGUGCCUAGCGCUAGUGAUUGAAUGGAAGCAACGAAGUGGAGGAGAAACCAGGCUGGGGAGAGCUGGCAUCCCCUUGGGAGAAGCCUUUCCAACAAUGGACUGAAAGCGUCCCCUCAGUGAUUCCUGUGUGCACCCAGGGUUGAGAACUACUGCAUAAGAGGUCCUAGAAGAUAUCUGGUAUGGCCAGAGUACAGAGGGACCGGAGAAGAACUUCUGCUUGGGUGGCUGAACUCUGAUCUUGACCUAGAGUCAUGGCCAUGGCAACCAAAGGAGGUACUGUCAAAGCUGCUUCAGGAUUCAAUGCCGUGGAAGAUGCCCAGACCCUGAGGAAGGCCAUGAAAGGGCUCGGCACCGAUGAAGACGCCAUUAUUAGCGUCCUUGCCUACCGCAACACCGCCCAGCGCCAGGAGAUCAGGACAGCCUACAAGAGCACCAUCGGCAGGGACUUGAUAGACGACCUGAAGUCAGAACUGAGUGGCAACUUCGAGCAGGUGAUUGUGGGGAUGAUGACGCCCACGGUGCUGUAUGAUGUGCAGGAGCUGCGAAGGGCCAUGAAGGGAGCCGGCACUGAUGAGGGCUGCCUAAUUGAGAUCCUGGCCUCCCGGACCCCUGAGGAGAUCCGGCGCAUAAGCCAAACCUACCAGCAGCAAUAUGGACGGAGCCUUGAAGAUGACAUUCGCUCUGACACAUCGUUCAUGUUCCAGCGAGUGCUGGUGUCUCUGUCAGCUGGUGGGAGGGAUGAAGGAAAUUAUCUGGACGAUGCUCUCGUGAGACAGGAUGCCCAGGACCUGUAUGAGGCUGGACAGAAGAAAUGGGGGACAGAUGAGGUGAAAUUUCUAACUGUUCUCUGUUCCCGGAACCGAAAUCACCUGUUGCAUGUGUUUGAUGAAUACAAAAGGAUAUCACAGAAGGAUAUUGAACAGAGUAUUAAAUCUGAAACAUCUGGUAGCUUUGAAGAUGCUCUGCUGGCUAUAGUAAAGUGCAUGAGGAACAAAUCUGCAUAUUUUGCUGAAAAGCUCUAUAAAUCAAUGAAGGGCUUGGGCACCGAUGAUAACACCCUCAUCAGAGUGAUGGUUUCUCGAGCAGAAAUUGACAUGUUGGAUAUCCGGGCACACUUCAAGAGACUCUAUGGAAAGUCUCUGUACUCGUUCAUCAAGGGUGACACAUCUGGAGACUACAGGAAAGUACUGCUUGUUCUCUGUGGAGGAGAUGAUUAAAAUAAAAAUCCCAGAAGGACAGGAGGAUUCUCAACACUUUGAAUUUUUUUAACUUCAUUUUUCUACACUGCUAUUAUCAUUAUCUCAGAAUGCCUAUUUCCAAUUAAAACGCCUACAGCUGCCUCCUAGGAUAUAGACUGUCUGUAUUAUUAUUCACCUAUAAUUAGUCAUUAUGAUGCUUUAAAGCUGUACUUGCAUUUCAAAGCUUAUAAGAUAUAAAUGGAGAUUUUAAAGUAGAAAUAAAUAUGUAUUCCAUGUUUUUAAAAGAUUACUUUCUACUUUGUGUUUCACAGACAUUGAAUAUAUUAAAUUAUUCCAUAUUUUCUUUUCAGUGAAAAAUUUUUUAAAUGGAAGACUGUUCUAAAAUCACUUUUUUCCCUAAUCCAAUUUUUAGAGUGGCUAGUAGUUUCUUCAUUUGAAAUUGUAAGCAUCCGGUCAGUAAGAAUGCCCAUCCAGUUUUCUAUAUUUCAUAGUCAAAGCCUUGAAAGCAUCUACAAAUCUCUUUUUUUAGGUUUUGUCCAUAGCAUUAGUUGAUCCUUACUAAGUUUUUCAUGGGAGACUUCCUUCACCACAUCUUAUGUUGAAAUCACUUUCCGUAGUCAAAGUAUACCAAAACCAAUUUAUCUGAACUAAAUUCUAAAGUAUGGUUAUACAAACCAUAUACAUCUGGUUACCAAACAUAAAUGCUGAACAUUCCAUAUUAUUAUAGUUAAUGUCUUAAUCCAGCUUGCAAGUGAAUGGAAAAAAAAAUAAGCUUCAAACUAGGUAUUCUGGGAAUGAUGUAAUGCUCUGAAUUUAGUAUGAUAUAAAGAAAACUUUUUUGUGCUAAAAAUACUUUUUAAAAUCUUUUUCAAUUUUGUUGAUUGUAGUAAUUUCUAUUUGCACUGUGCCUUUCAACUCUAGAAACAUUCUGAAGAUGUACUUGGAUUUAAUUAAAAAGUUCACUUUGUAA